UACAAUCCACGAAAUAUCACUCGAUACCUAGGCUGUUUGUGAGCUAAAUUGUCUUGGCAUAAGUCGCGCCUGCAUACUUCAUAGCAGCUUCGCGCCUGUCCGACUUCUCGACACGUUCCCCUGUGCUGUGUGUUCCUCAACGUCGCCCCAAAAUGCCAAAAUUCUUCUGCGACUACUGCGAUGUCUACCUCACUCACGACUCCAUAAGCGUCCGCAAAGCGCACAAUAGCGGUCGUAAUCACCUGCGGAAUGUCGUCGAGUACUAUCAACAAAUCGGACAUGAGAAGGCGCAGUCGGUCAUAGACUCCAUCACGAGUUCGUAUGCCGCCGAGGGACAGACUAUGCCGAUGCCCGGCAUGCUCCCAGGGAUGAUGCCGGGUCAGUCGAGUUUCCCGCCGCCGGUGGGAAUGGGAUUUCCUCCUCGUCCAGGCCAGCCGCUUCCUCCGCCACCGUUCGGGUUCCCGCCGCAAGCCGGACUUCCCGGCGGAUUCCCCCCACCAGGUAGACCCGGAAUGCCGCCGUUUCCUCCGCCUCCGAUCAUGCCCGGCGCCGUGGGAUUCCCGCCGCAGUUCCCGGGUGGGCUGCCGCCGCCGCCGUUGGGGAUGCCUCUGCCGAUGGGAGAUGGGAUGUCGGGACAGCCACCGAUGAUGCCCGGACAGCCACCGUUCCAGAUGCCGCCAGGUGGAUUCCCGCCGCCGUUUCCAGGCCAGGGAAUGAGUCCGCCUCCCGGUGCUAUGAUGGGUGCACCCCCGGGUGGUCCUGGAGGUCCACCAUCGUUAGGCAAUUAUCAACCGCCUCCGAAGUAGCGUUAGGUCGGCGAUUGUAUAAUAGUCAGGUUUCGUUCGGAAGGAUGAGUGGGAAGGCGUGACAGGUUUCUUCAUGCGAAAUGUCGGGGUGUUGGUGUCUUCAAGUUACAAGUUUGGCAAGCGAAU